CACACUAGCUAGCUGAACAUGAAAGAAGAAGACAUUUUUACAGACUGGUUAGCUAGCUGUCUGGGCUAAAUCGAUGUAGCCAUUUGUGUUGUUCCUUUAGAUCUAGCUUAUUGCUAUUUGAUUUGCAUGCUGUAGUUGUCUGUCUAAGUCUGUCUGUCAAGAGCGGCUUUGUUGUUGUUGCUGAUGUUGUUAGCCAGAAUACAGUUAGCUGGCUAAAUAGCUAGCUAGCCUCUGCGUUCAUUUCGCUGGCCUACAUUUUUCCUAUCAAGAUGCCGCUGGGUUUGAAACCAUGUUGCGCUGUCUGCAAAACAAACUCAUCGUCUAUGUGGAAAAAGGGAAACCAAGGAGAGAUCCUGUGCAAUAACUGUACGGGGAAGAGUACCAGCAGUGGAGCAUCUGGACCCUCUGCGUCCUCCAACACACAGCAGAAUAAUGUCGGGGGCAAGCAGUCUAAACAAGAGAUCCACAGGAGAUCAGCACGGUUGAGGAGCACCAAGUACAAAACCCCUGCUACCGAAAAAAAGGUCUCUACCAAAGGAAAAGGAAGAAGGCACAUCUUCAAACUAAAAAAUCCAAUCAAAGCACCAGAAUCUGUUUCCACUAUCAUCACAUCAGAAUCAGUCUUUUAUAAGGGUGUGUAUUAUCAGAUAGGAGAUGUCAUCAAAGUUACAGAUGAGGAUGAUGGGAGGCCAUACUAUGCACAGAUCAGAGGUUUUGUCCAGGACCAAUACUGUGAGAAGAGUGCAGCCUUGACUUGGUUGAUACCAACCCAGGCCAGUCCUAAGGACCUGUUUGAUCCUGCCACUUACAUUGUUGGUCCGGAGGAGGAUUUUCCCAGGAAGAUGGAGUACCUGGAGUUUGUGUGCCACGCCCCCUCYGAGUACUUCAAGUCCAGGAGCUGUCCUUUCCCCACCAUUCCUAUCCGUCCAGAGAAAGGCUACAUCUGGACCCAUAUUGGACCCACGCCGGCCAUCGCUAUCAAAUAAUCUUUUGGCAACAGCAAUUAGCUGCUGGGCCAUUUACCAUGAAGAUAUGAACUUUGUCUGUUAGCUUGCUAAUGGACGCAUGUACAUUUUUGUAAUAUAAUGGAGACAAGUUUUAGACUGUAUAAGACACAUUAUUAGUCUUUGAAUAUGGAAACUGUGGAUGUUUACAAACCAAUCUAAAUAGUAACAUCUUGAACAGUACGAUAACUACCCAUGAAAUGUUCAUCCAGAGAUGACAUGGGAUUGACUUUUAUAUUCAGUAAUGUGGAAAAUACGUUUUCAAAAGCUUUGUCUACUAGAAUGCUUUUAAAACAACCAACUUAAUUUUCUUUAGAUAUCUGUGUCAUUCAUGUGAAGUGUUUAACGAAUAUUUGAUAGAGACCAACUAACAUUUUUAAAUAAAGAACAUUUAUUUAGAAAUAAGCUGUUAAUAGCUUCCAAGUUAUAUC